UUAUCAGGGAUGACGGGUUCGUCGAUUGUUAUCUAAAAUUAUCAUCGAUGAGAAGCGUGUUCGAUCCGAUAACGAUAACCCGAUAAUUCGAGGCAUGGCACCUCGGACGGGGCAGAAGUUAUUGUGCCUGUAAAGAGAAAAGUAUUCCCGUAGCUAUCUGUAGCCGUGGACACGCGCUUGCAUACUAGCGCUCGCGCAUCGGUCUCCGCUUACCUGUUAACACGCCAGUCACCUUGUAGCGUGGAGCGGUACGCCAUGCCGUGGUCGAGGCGUGCAGUGGGCAGACUGGAGAGUGCAUAUUAGACAGCGCGAGGCGCUCAAGCUCGAGCAUUCGCCGGCGAGCGCUCGGUGAGAUUGGUGCCAGAGGUGUUUCCGUGUGUCGUGUUCGGGUCGCUCGUUCUCUCGUCCGCGUAUAUUGUCGUCCGUGAAUUUCGUCUCGUCCUGUAUUAUUUACUGCCACGGUAUAACGAAAAAGAUACGUGGGAGACUACACGACAUACGUGGAAUUCUUCGUUGAGUGAAUUUCUUAUCGAUCGUAGAUAUCAGCGUGUUGGCGCGCGGGCCCGCAUGUUUUCCCGCGACGCGACCGGAACGCCGCUGUACGCCGACAUUUAACAGCCUGUGGUCCGGAGAAGUUGCAGUCUCGACAGCUUGCAGCGAGUACGUGGAAAGUGAAGUUUUCGAGGGGAACAAAAAAGAGAAAUCGCGCGAGCGAGAAAUCGGGGGACAGAAAGUGGCGUUUUCAACAGACGCGACGAACAGACGAGUGCGCGACGUUCGUCGGCCGAGGAACUUUCGGGCGCGUACAGUGCGACAGGUCUCUCGACGUGCGAUAGAAACGAAAACCGGGACGCGCCGGAAGUGAACCGGUGUUCCGGAAUCGCGUGUGUCGAAUCGGUUGGAAUUGUUCACCGGUUGUUUCGGGGGAGAUGCUUCAAUUGGCUGUGACGAUUCGUCGAGAGGGCUGCGAACGGUCGGGAGCAGUGAAUCACAUUUAAGCGACGUUUCGAAAGAACGACGCAUCUAAAAAGGUGGCUCUUACUCAACAGAGAGUUUAUCGCGCCAUUGAAGAGCGUGCGCGGAAUGAACGUCGCGGGUUCGAGUACACCGCGAGCUGUCCCUACGGUUCGAGGUGAUUAGUGGAAGCGGAACAAGUAACCAACGUUACCGGUGCUACUGGUUGCUUUACAGUCCGAACAAAUAGAGGGUUGACAGAGGAGCAAAUAACACAGUCAUCGAUCGUAACCCGAUCUUUUUUAUCGUCGUUACAAAAUCGUUGACUCGUGGUGCACAUCGGAAGCAGAAAGAAUAUUAACGCGGCAGUGUUUCCCGAGGUUCGUAUUGUGGCGCGCUUGUGUUCGUCGCCCCCGCGUCGGUUGAUCGUAUGCGCGCGUGCGCGAUGUAAAUGGACCUUAAUGUCGUUAAAACGAAACGAACGGCGCGCAGAGUGAAAAGCAACGCGAACAGUGUCAAUUGGAGAGUAUAUAAUGUGCAAGCGAGGCUCGGAUGACACCUAACAUCUACGUCUGAUGACAAACGUCAACAGGAUCAGGGUGGUCGUCCUCGGCGGCCCCAGAGUCGGAAAGUCAGCCGUAGUCGUACGGUAUUUGACGAGGCGAUACAUCGGCGAGUACAGCUCAACCAGUGAUUUCCUGUACCGGCACAGUGUUACCAUCGAUAACGUUAAUACCGAGGUCGAGAUAUUGGACACUUCCAGGUGCGAGGAAAAUGGUUGUCUUUACUCUCACAUCCGGUGGGGCGAGGCUUUCGUGGUCGUUUACAGCGUGACGUGUAAACGAAGCUUUCAGGAAGCCCGGGGACUGCUCAAGCAGCUUGCUGAUUUACGUCUACCAUCCUAUUUCACCGCCCUGCUGCUUGGCAACAAGAGAGAUCUGGAUCAUGCUCGAGAGGUGUGUGUGGACGAGGGCCAGCAACUGUCGCUCGCGCACGGCUGCCAAUUCUACGAGGUCAGCGCGGCGGAGAGUCCUGCGGGAGCUGCGCUGGCGUUCCAGGCGUUGCUCAGGGAGGCCCGGUCGGUGCAGCUGUUGCGCGCGCUGCCGAUCCGCCGGAAGCUGGGCGUGCACUCGGUCUCAAGGGUGCUGGGCACGAUCUUCGGCAAGAACACCACCAAGGACCGGAAAAAGAGGCCCUCGCUGAGCAUAUGACGCCUCCUCUGCGCCCUCCUCCUCGGAGGCCGUGACGAACCAGACCUGAGAGCCGACGUGGUGGUUCUUAGCAGCAAUGUCUAUGCGAACCGCUGACGAGGACAUCCGGGAACGGACGUCGGGCGGUAGCAAAGCGGUUUAUCAGCCUCCCGAACAAUGUCCGCGCGGUCUUCUGGACAACGGGUACCCAGCUCGCGGAGUCUUCGGCAGAAGAGGACGUUGUAGGUAAUGAAUCCCUUCCUCUACGAAGGAUCAUCCUCGAGGACGUCCUUUCGCAGUAGAACUGCUCGUUCAUCCGUUUCCGAGGGAGGAAGAGGGUGCAGGGCGCGAACAUGGCGCGUGCCAGAGUUACACUUGCGGGGCAAAGAUGGACGAUGCCUCGAUGGAUGGUGUUGUUGAUCGUUCCCGACGCGUGUUCGGGGCGACGCGUGACAUUUGCGCGAGACCCCCGCCGCCGGGGACUCAUUUCAUUGUAGUUCUAGCCGGCUAAGAGACAUUCGUGAGAACAGUGGAUUGAUCGGGCCGUGUGAAAGACUUUUGCUGCGAGACGCCUUUGCUGGAGAUGUGGAAGACUGAGCGCGCGGGACAUGUCUUUCGGUCGCGUUGCCUUUGCCUUCGCUCUCGUACCCUGUGCCUUCGCGGUGUGCGCGUGCGCGAGUGCUCGUACGGUCCCCCGUCUUCUUUUCUCGUUUCAGUUGCACGGAGUAUCGUUGAUCGGAAUGGUGUUCCUGAACGUUUUUAGCUUUAAACGCGUCCGGGAUGACGGGAUCUUGAUGGUAGGUCUCUCGCCAGGGGGAUUCUGUUAGUGAAGGCUAUUUAUGGAGACAUUAGCGAAUGGUUUAUGCGAUUGUCGAAAAUUUGUUGGGGAAGUUAUUAUUUUUUCUUGUCAGAUCAAGGUAAAUCCAUGCUGAAUCGAAAUUAAUGAUUUGGAUUCGUUAUAAUGAGAUUGGAGGACGUAGUGUUCUAAUUUGGGACAAGCCUGUUUAAGUUUCCUCGCAACGAGUCUCUUGUUUUUCUUCGAGAACGUAAGCAAUGGCAAUUUGAAAAACUGUUCCAAGUACCUGGACUCGUUUAAAAUACAAAAGUAAUUUAUUCCAGCAGUUGUUCCACAACGCGAUCCGUGGAGGUGUUAAAUUAAGAGAUCCCGAUACACGUAAUCGCCUGUGCAGGCGUUGAAGUUACCAGCUGUCGUCACGUUCCAAACGCUCCAGUGCAUUCACUCCUAGAAAUGAGCGCACGGCGUUCUCGUAUGAUUCUAAUUCCUCGGGUGGGUCUUUAACAUAAACAAACGAGUUCCAGUUUUUUCCCGACGUACAAAUUGCCGAAUCGUAAAUUUCGAUGUUUAUCGCGUCGCGAGAAGAAAUAAAAGGAGCACGGUUUUUCGAGGUUAUUUAGAGAGCCAGUCCCGAUAAAAAGGAUAAAUUAAACGGAAUAGAAGAAAGUUCGUGCUAUCGAAGAUUUUCUCUUCGACGUGGAAAUCGAGCCCGCCUGAUGAGAGAUGAUUACCAUCUACGUAUCGCACGUGAUAUUAUAAGGUUUGCCGAUUCUGAGCUCGUUUCGCUGUUGCGAAACCGGAAACGAGCUCUGAGCGCGAGGACUUGCGUCGCCUUUGAAACGAAACCCGACAGUCUUUCAAAUUUCGCAGCCUCCGCCGAAUGAAGGCCGUUCAUUCGCGCGGAAUGCGCUGCAGUCACGAUUCGGUUGUGCUGUCUUUUCGCACUCGAAUGCAGGAUCUAUGGUUGCCGGUGGUGCAGUGUUAUAUUCUCACACUUUGAUCACGGAUUAUGAAACCCAAUCCGUUUUUCAGGUCUGUCGACAAUACAAUGUGUAUCUAAAUGUGAUAUACCCUGGCCAGAGAGUAUUGAACUUAUAAAUUGGUAAAGAAAUGUAGAAAAGCAACUGUACGCAGUUAUUUAGAAAUUGAAUUGGAUGUUUUUGAGAAAUUUACAUUUUAUUCAAGACAAAUAUGAGAGUGAUAAGUAUGAUUACUUUCUCAAUUUCAAGCUUUUUUAUCAUUUUUUUAAAACUUCGAAUAUAUCGUUAGGAACACAUUUACAUAAAUAAUAGUUUAUUAAAUUCAAUUUUUUUGUUUUAAUGUAUUAUUUGUAGGCGUUGAGUGGUUCUACUAUUCUAAUCAGUCUUUAUACACAGUAAUUUGGAACUAGACAUUGAUUUCCUAAUAGAUUUUCUUUAUCUAAUUAUAAGUGUUCUGAUUAGUAAUCGAUUCAGAGUCCAUUGAUGCUGACGGUUGGCGUGAGGAGAAAUUGGUUUACUGAUCGACGUGUACCAAUCGCAGUUGUCUACGUUUUCUUGAGUUCUUGCCGGGUAGAUCGCGUGACUUUGUCAUGUUCGAUUUUGGUAUGGGGAGGAUUGCAUACCUUGCCAUAUAAGAAGAUUCUUCACAACCGCGUCGCCAGCAGUUAGGUGUCUAAUGGCCUCGAGGCGGCACGUGUUGCUGAGUUGUGCAUUCUUGGUCGUUCGAGACACAACACACAGUGUCUCACUAGAGUAAAUAUCACUUUUGUUUGAACCCCUUCGGAACUGUCACGGAUCGUAUCAUACAAACACUUUUACUGCCUUGAAGAAACUGAUUCUCGCGUCGUCUACGAUUCAAAAUGCACAACUGAAAAUCUCUUUCGACAGCUUCAUUUUAUUGUAAUUUCUCCACACAAAUGUUUCGUCUUUGCAUCAAUUCCUUUACAUAAAUUGAAAUUAGAACUGUGAUAAAGUAAAAGUAACAGCAGAAUUGUACAUUGAAUAUGCAUAUCAAAAGACAACCAUAGUUAAUGAUAAUUUACCACUACACAAGCUUACCGACUUAUAAUUUUACUUUUUCAACCAAACAAUAAGAAAACAUUACCUUUACAAAGUUAUGUUUUGACACUAGAACCAGCAGUCAAAACAACUACUUCACAAUUUCUCACGAAAAUCACAAAAAAUGUUUCUCUCCAAAUUUCGAAAGAUCGAAUGCUUAUAUUUAUUUCAGUUUAAUUAUUAAAUCUACGAGUACAUUAUCGUAUGCAAGAAAUUUUGACCAAUUUGAUUGUGACAUUUCUUCCUGACGAGUGUACUCGUCAUUCACUGCAAAGAGUCGAAGAAUACGUUCUGCCUGAAACUAAACCAACAACAUAUUGUAUUGUCUUCGUUUUACGACGUCCCGCGCAUGUGUUACGCGUCUUAAUUAAUUUACGAUUGCAUUGUGCCGCCUGCGUCAACUGUAUGAUCGCGUUUGAAGCGACAGACGCGCGACGAUCGUUUAUUUAACGCACGAGGAACUUGCACCGAAAGAGAUCGCUCGAUCGUGCUCCCUCGCCGAUCGUGAAACGAGAGGAGGAAGAAGCAGCAGCAGCUCAAAUCGUAACGAACUGGUUGUAAUGUCAGGCACGCGGCCGAGUUUUGCUUUCGAGAGUUUAUUCUGCGCUCGGGAACGAUCGCGAGACGUUCGACGUCUGCGGGCCUGUCGAUGCUAAGCUUGCCAUGCGCUCGAAUCAUUGGAACGACGUUUCUAAAUAUUCUACGAAUGGAAUAUCGAUCUCAAUCCCUUGUCGCAUAAUUGGCAUCAGAUCGUUGAAAUCCAGGCCAGGUAAAUUUUAAUUAAUAGACUAUCUACAUAUUCGAGAGGAAAUUAAAUUUAAAUAGUGUGCAUCGAAUGAAUUUCAAAAAUUUAGUCACACUGACCUUUUUGAACUGAGUACAAUAGAGUUGAUGAUACUUUCUAACAUCUACAACUAUUUUUUUUAGUAAUUACAUGGUCGUUCAUAAUUCUUUGAAUUUUAGAUGCUUGAAAAGUAAAAUAUUGUUGAGAAAUAAAAUUGUGUCAAUAUAGUAAGUUCAGGAAACUAUAUAACAGUAUCUACGUUAAUUGCAAAAUUCGUUAUUAAUAUUUCGUUGACAAUACUCAUUGAAAAAUUAGGUGAAACAUUUAAUUCCACUUUAUUCAGAAUCCCAAAAUAACCUAACGCACAAAACAAUCUACUGAUACCAAUUAUACGAAGGUCAAUUUUCAUAUUCUUUACUCUACAUCACGAAUCACCUCGGUUACUGUUCAAGAUCAAAUGUUAUGAAAGGAUCUUCAGUCUCGCGAUCGAAUUCCCGAGUCGAGAAUAAUCGAUUCGACGACCUUAAUGUUCCUACCGAAAGUAGCCUAAGUGUACAUAGCGCACAUUCACUUGCUGAGUAUAACUCUUAACCGAGGACCGAUGGAAUCGAUGAAACGUAGACGAGUAAGGUUUCGAACAGAAAUCCGGGUAAUGGGGGGGAGGGGGGUGAGAUAGGACUGCCCAAGGAAAUCGGGCCGACACGAUCAGAGAUUUGCUCCGAGAAAUAUUUAUCGCGGGUUCGCGUGAGUGCGUGCGCGCGUGCGCGUAUUUUCGUUUUCGUAUCGUGUGAAUUCGGAAUUUCGUUUCUGUUUCUCGUAUUUUUCUUUCUUUCUUCUCGCUCUGUGUCUCUGUCUGUUUUCUUCUCUUCUUCCCUUGCGUUUUCUCUCUCUUUGCGUCGAACGAGAUAAUUGAGCCAUUCAUUCGCCGAAGUGAAUUAAUCGUUAACUGCUAUAGACAUUCGAACCAAUACUAUUACUAUAUAAAAUGUGGAAAACUGUGAAUUUGUCGUGGUUGUUUAUUUAUUUUGAUGAUUGGGUAUUAGAUUUUGAUUGUGAAAUGCAGAAUAUAGGGUAUAAAAUGAGGUAUGAAAAUUUGAAAGUCUUAUAGAUGUUCUGUAGCAAUUAAGGGUUAGGUGUGUGAUAACAGAGGUCGAGGAAUUGAUGAAAUUGGGUUAUCAGAGUAUUGGUUAUAUGCUUCGGUAUUGAUGUUUGGAGUUAUUUAGGAGUUGGUCGGUUUGGCUUGUGAAUGUCUCAGUUGAGUGUGACCAGGUUCGAGCAUACUUUUUUUUUGCGAGAAGAGGAAAAAAUGUAGAAAAAUGAAAGGACGCAUCGUUCGGUUUUUUCUACGGUAAACGUACGCUAGCGAUUAUGAUCGAGUUUAAGGUUCUUGCGUAAUGUGUAUUACGUGUAUGUAUAUUUUCAGUGCCUUUCGUAUUGUCAGCGGCGGGUAUUAGAGAGGUCCUCUGAACUCGCGGGGAUACCUUUUCUAGGCUCCGUUAGUGAUUUUUGUUUUUGUUCGGGAAAUAAGUGUGGUUGAAGCGAACGAACAUGUUCUUAAAAUAGAUGAAGUGAAUAAUGAAAAAUGGGAAAUAAAGAUUGAAGAUUGGAAAUUUGAGAAAUUCGAAAUAGAAAGUGAAAACUGAACAUUGGAAAUUUGAGAAACUGGAAAUUGGAAGAUUGAACAUUGGAAAAUUGAGAAAUUAAAAAUUGAAAGAUUGAACAUUGGAAAAUUGUGAAAUUUAUGAAACAAAAGUAAAAAGAAAAAUCUCGUGAACGGUUUUUUCACUGUUAAAGAGCCAUUACUAAUCGCUGAUUACCCUCUCCAUUGGUUUAAUUCUUUGCGGACGAAGAUUCUGUUAAGCGUAUAGAUGAUGUUAUAAAUAUCGAAUAACGUUAUUAGUAUGCAGAUUUGAUGCAUUUACGGGACAUGCAGAUGUGUAGAAUAUUAAAUAGCCAUAAUGGCUAUUUAAUUAGGUUUUCAAUUUACUUUUAAUUCCUUGAAGCCUAUAACGUGAGAAAUAAUGAUCCACUUAAUUCUCACUUUGACAAGAAAACAUAAGAAGGUAUAUACAUUUACAUAAUGAUGUACAAUCUGAUCAUAACGUACUGGAAAACGAAAUACAAAGAAUCAUGAAGGAUAAGCCUUGAUUGUCCAAAUGUAAAGUUUUAUGCUGCAAUUGAAAUUUUAACAUCAUCUACUUAAUUACAUUCGUCCGCAAAGGAUUGAUGCUUAACUCUUGAAUGCACAGAACCAUUUUUCCAGCAGAAUUCAAUGUACCUUAGAAUAAUGUUUCUUCCAAAUAAUAAUUAACAGAACGGUCUAAAUAUAAUGGUUUUGGGGCCAUUGUGCUUGAAAGGGUUAAGCAACUGAGAGAGUCAGCUUUAAUUAAUCUCUUUUCACGAUACUACAGCCAUAACAAUGAUACAAAAUUCAAUUAACUAUUAAACUAUUACAGCUCAACAGUUUAAACUGUCGAACUAUACUAUUUGAAUAGUUUAAAGUAUCGAACUAUAAAAUUUGAACACUUAACUAUCAAAAUUCAAUUCUUAUUUCACAGCAUCAAAAAUAUAAAAAUUUCGAAUACUGCAGAACUAGUACCUUCCCACUGCAAAAUUGAAUCUUCUAACAAAGAACGUGUUAAUUUCUCGGCGAGUGGUCACUGCCGAUGUAUUUACAAUUGUAAAUGAUAAUAUUGCGCUAAAUUUACAAUUGAUGACGUCGCAGGAGAAACUAAAUGGAGUAACAGGGUAGAAGAACGUAAGCGUAAGGGUGGAUUUACCAGUGACCUUGAGCCGAGUUUAUCAGUUUCGCUUCAACUACAGUCCUCGAUGUGCUGUGGAUAUAUUUCUCUUCCUCCACCGCGGUCUCUCUGAAUUCGUUCUUUCUGUUUUUCUUUUUUUUAAUAUUUUUAUACUGUCCACUGCUGAAAGUGGGUACGAUAAAUAUUUGUACAGCGUCGAAUCGACAAUUUGUCGUUGGUCUACGGGAAAUUAUUGCAGGGAACGACAUCGCAGUCGAGAAAAGGUAAACCGACGAGCGGGUAAAAUUGAGGGAUGAAAGAAUGAGCUUCCAGAGUGUGCCUAAUCGAUACAUUCCAAAAAAAAGGUGUAAUGCGUGUGAAAAUCGGAGAAUCUAUGGGGCGUGAGUGUGUUAUGCGGUUUUCGAAUUCUGGCCGAUAUCGAUCGCUGUAUUUUAAGUGCUAGUCAC